AUGCCUAAAACUUCGGGAUUUGGUUCAAUAUUUGGGAGAAAAAAACGGAUAAAUGGUACUAAAGAGGUAGCUGAUGACGUUAGAACGGCUGCGACUACUUUUAUAAAUCCAACGCAAACAAAACAUCGAAACGGUUUCAUUGCGACUAGUAAUACUGGUGAAUUUGUUGAUACUGUGCCAUUCAGGGAUCCAAAUAUGCCAAAGGUACCUCUAUUGAACGAUGAUGGUCUUGUAAGGCAAUCUUCCAGUCGUGGAACUUCAGCAGCUAAUCAUGAAACUAGAAAAGAACAACGGAAUUAUAAACUUCUAAAAUCCCCCAAAAGUACCAGAUCGGGAUCUGUACCACUGCAAAUCAAUUCACUUCCAGAACGGGGUAGACGGAAUGAAUAUGCGCGGGAUAAACGUCUUCAAGAGAAGUCUCAGUCUGCAAACGCUGUCUAUAUGGUUAAGCACGAUCCGAAUUACCUAAUGGAGGCACUGGAGACACUAGCGGCGGAACAACCUCUAGUAGCUCGGUCGAUUCCAAAACACGCGGUUAUCGAUACAAGUUAUUAUGCUAAGCACUCACUGGAUAAUUGCUUGUUUGAUGAAGCCGUCUAUCAGGCUAUGCUCGAUGAUUCUGUAAAGGUCAGUCGUCUAAAAAGUAUGUUAUGGAAGUCGGCAAAUAAAGUUUUAAUGCCGACUGUUAGAGGUGUUGAAAUUUUAGAUAUAUGA